AUGAACACGAGAGACGACGCGACAUUCAGCGAGGUCCGGUCGCCCACGGUGGCCAAGGAAGCCAAGCCGACGCCGGUCCAGCACCCGCUCGCCACUUCAAGCUACGUUUCGAUCUUUCUCAUGGCGUGGCUUGAUGGCCUCAUUCGCCGCGGCGCCAUCUCGCCGUUGGCCGAGGCGGACAUUUGGCCGGUGCGCGACGCCGACACGGCCGCCGCGCUCAACCGCCGCUUCACCGCCGCGUGGGCCGCGGCCGGCGACAAGCCCGAGUUCCACAAGGUCAUCUGGGCCACGCUGCGCCGCGAGAUCUACGCAUCGCUUUUCAUCUACAACGUGUAUGCGAUCCCGAUGCUCGCGCAACCCGCGGUCAUCCACUCGCUAUUGCAGUUCUUAGCGCACGACCCGGCGACCGGCCCGCUCUCGACUGUGAUUGGCAUCUCGUCCGGCUACGGCCUCGCGGGGCUGCUCACAGGCCUCUCGUUUCUCUCGGUCACCAUCAUCGACUUUGGCCAGUACGUCACGUCCAUGAUGGGAGCCUCACGCUGCCAUCGCGCCACCUCGUCUCGUCCGGUGAUGUCGUGACGCUCGCGGCCGUCGAC